AUGAAGAGAAGCAAUGAUCUGGAAAAAAAGAAUGAGAGCCAACAGGAGACACUAAAGAAGUUCCAUCAGGAACAGAGAACGCUGCUCGAUAAAGUUAACAUGCUUCAGCAUCAACUCAGCCAGGAAAAGUCAACAGUGGAGGACAUUCACAAGGAGAGAGAAGAGCUGAAGCUUUUACUUUCUGUCAAAGAGAAGGAGGAAGGAGCCAGCGCUGUUGAGACUGUGAGAGUCCAGCAGCGGAGUCAUUUGGGAGAUUACCCUGGCCAGUCUGUGAUCAAAGGAAAAGACAAUGUAUUAGUGCGACAGUCACAUAGCUUGGAUUCUGCUCAGAUAUUACAGCCUACAGGACCAUCUCGAUCUGUGGCUCGACCUUUGGAGCGGUCUCGGCCAGUGGCUGGUGAUCCUGAGACACUUCGUCAAGAGCUUGAAUGUGUCCGCAGACAGCAGGAGGCUGCACAAGAGGAGGUGGGCCCCCUCCAAAAGGCUCUAGCAUGCAAGUCUCAGGAGUGUGAGAAGCUGACCAGGAAGUGUGAGACUAUCAAACGUGAGUCGGAUCAGCAGAUACACGAGCUAGAGGAAGCCAUGGGAGAUGUGCAGAAGCGAAUGAUAGACUCUGAGGCAAAGGUGAAACAGCUUCAGGCUCAUGUGGUGGCGGUAAAGGAGCAUCUCAAUAACAAAGUUGUUGAUGACCUCAAAGCACAGCUGAAUGAGGUGAAGGCAAAGUAUGAGGGUGCUUCUGCUGAGGUUGGGCGGGUCAGGAAUCAUUUAAAGCAGAGUGAGAAAGCUUUGGAGGAGUAUAAGAAAGGUGAAGGUCUGCUGGCUGUGGAGGUUGAGAGUCUCACUGCAGAGCUGAGUGCAAUGCGAGAGGACCAUAAAAACAUGGAGGAGACACUCUUAAACAUGGAGGGUCAAGUGAAGACUGCAGAGGCCAGGUUGACAUCAGUGGUUCCAGGAGAGAAGUUUGACAACAUGAAGAACCUCCUUACCAAUGCUGUGGAUGAGAAGGAGCUACAGUUGGCUGCAGCACUCAGUGCACUCCUCUCAGAUUAA